CAUCUGCCACUAUCAGCCACUGCAAUGACAAUUCUGACUGCACCACUUGUUCUGACUAUCAAAUUGGACAGUGCAUCCACCACCAAUGUAACUGCUCUGCUGAAAUGCCAUGCAGUUACAACAAUGAUUGUCAUGGGUAUGGUUGUGGAAGCAGUUUGUAUCCACAAUGUGCUAACCUAGACGGUCACUCUCGAUGUCUUUGUGAAGCAUCAUCACCAUCCGCCAGACACGAAUGUGAACAAAGUUUCGACUGUACUAAAUGUCCCGAAUAUCAAGUUGGCAAGUGUAACCACAACCAAUGUACCUGCUCUGCCGAAAUAUCCUGCAUUUACAACAAUGAUUGUCAUGGGUAUGGUUGUGGAAGCAGUUUAUAUCCACAAUGUGCAAACCAAAGACGGUCACUCUCGAUGUCUUUGUGAAGCAUCAUCACCAUCCGCCAGACACGAAUGUGAACAAGGUUCCGACUGUACUAAAUGCCACGACUAUCAAGUUGGCAAGUGUAACCACAACCAAUGUACCU